AUGUCGGUAUCCCAUCAUUCCCAGCAAGGUUCCACAAUCAACCAUAUCUGUAUCCCAUCAUUCCCGGCAUGGUUCCACAUUCAACCAUAUCUGUAUCCCAUCAUUCCGGGCAUGGUUCCACAUUCAACCAUAUCUGUAUCCCAUCAUUCCCGGCAUGGUUCCACAUUCAACCAUAUCUAUAUCCCAUCAUACCCAGCAAGGUUCCACAUUCAACCAUAUCGGUUUCCCAUCAUACCCGGCAUGGUUCCACAUUCAACCAUAUUUGUAUCCCAUCAUGCCCGGCAUGGUUCCACAUUCAACCAUAUCUGUAUCCCAUCAUACCCAGCAAGGUUCCACAAUCAACCAUAUCGGUAUCCCAUCAUUCCCGGCAUGGUUCCACAUUCAUCCAUAUCGGUAUCCCAUCAUUCACAGCAUGGCUUUACAUUCAACCAUAUCGGUAUCCCAUCAUUCCUAGCAAGGUUCUACAAUCAACCAUAUCUGUAUCCCAUCAUUCCCGGCAUGGUUCCACAUUCAACCAUAUCUGUAUCCCAUCAUUCCUGGCAUGGUUUCACAUUCAACCAUAUCGGUAUCCCAUCAUUCCCAGCAUUGCUUCACAUUCAACCAUAUCAGUAUCCCAUCAUUCCCGGCAUGGUUCCACAUUCAACCAUAUCGAAUGGAAGAAAGCCAGGCAUUCGACGAGGAAUUGUUGACCAACUACUAGAUUCCCAAGAGGAGGACAUAAAACAAGGGAAAUCGCCACUUUUCACAGAUGAAAGUAUACAUGCAGCCAUCUUAGAAACUCUCAAUGCAGGUAUUUUGACUACAUGGUCUGUGCUUUCAAGUACAAUCUUGAUGCUUCUGCAUUAUCCUGAAUACCAAAAGCGCGCACGGACUGAACUGUGCGCCGCCAUUGGUUGGGAUAAUGUAGCACAUAGUGACGACAGAGAAAGAUGUCCUUUAACGGAAGCGAUAGAGAUGGAAGCGCACAGACUAGUAACCGUGGUACCGCUUCUUGCUCCCAGAGAGUGUAACAAAGAUCUAGAAUUCGAAGGCUACUAUGUUCCUAAAAAACAGCAGUACGUAUCAAAAACAUACACAUCUGUUUGUAGUGUCAUGUAUUAUUGGUUUUCGAAGGUUAUGGGAAAUGUCUGGUUUAUGCACCACGACGAGGUUAUUUGGGGAGAUCCCUGGAAGUUUAGGCCAGAACGUUUCCUUGACCAGGAUGGACAGCUUUUACCAAGAGACCACACGCUAAGAAUGAAUUGGAUGCCAUUUGGUUACGGACGUCGCGCGUGUCUCGGCGAACCUUUCGCACGUGUUCGCUACUUUCUGUACAUGGCGCACUUGCUAAGAUGCUGGGAGUUCAUAUCCGUUCCGGCGAAAAUGGGAUCAUGUGACCCAAGAAAUAUUGAGGAUUUUGACAACAAAAUUACAAUUCGACCCAAACCUUUUUAUUGUCAAAUCAAACGUUUUAACCAAAUUUAAUUUACAGAUA